UACUCUUGCCGCCAUGUCUACGUCGAUGGAAGACAACAAAACCAGCGCUAUUCGCUUCGGCGAGCGUGAGAUUGGUGACUCUGACAAUCGACCCACAAAGACCGCUGCCGCUGCCCGCCAUGCGCAAUUCGAAUUGGGAGACUACAAUGACUCUCCCAGAGAUGAAGAGAUGGACGAAACAUCAGACGUAUACGGCUCUGUGCCAGCAGAUAAGCGCGACAUGAUGCGCAUGGGCAAGGAGCAAGAGCUUCGUGUAAUCUCCCUGCUGUCAUUCACUGCCAUUUUGAUGGCAACAUGGGAAUUCGUUCUUAUGGCUUGUACGCAAGGUCUGGUUGAUGGCGGUCGUGGCGGUCUGUUCUGGAGUUAUAUCUGGGUUAUGAUUGGAUACGGAUUUAUUGUCGCCAGUUUGGCUGAGAUGAGUUCCAUGGCUCCUACAUGGACAGUAUCACUGGGUGUCAGAGUUCGCGCCUCCAAGUUGCCAGAAGUUUUUGUCGUACAUUACUGGAUGGGUGUCGACGCUGAGUUGGCAAGCUGGUCGCUGAUCGUUAUCAAGAAUCCUGAUUAUGCUGCCCCCGGCUGGCAAGGCACAUUGCUCGUCUUUCCUGUCAUGCUGGUUUGUGUCGUCUUCAACAUCUGGUUCAACCACUGGCUGCCCAGCAUGCAGAAUGCAGUCAUGGUACUGCACGUUGCUGGAUUCUUGGCGAUCAUGGUCGUCUUCUGGGUACUAAGUCCACACGUACCUGCAAGAGAGGUGUUCUUGGACAUCCAAAACGGUGGCGGUUGGCAGACGACGGGCCUCGCCCUCAUGAUCGGUCAAGUCUCUGCAGUUGGUUUUCUUGGAGCCUCGGACGCAGCAGCUCACAUGUCAGAAGAAGUCAAGGACGCCGGGUUGUCGGUCCCAAGAGCUAUGUGGUGGACUUAUAUCGUAAACGGUGUCCUCGGUCUGAUCAUGCUGGUUUCGUUCCUCUUCGCUAUGCCAUCUGUCGACGAUGCCAUCAACGAUCCGACUGGCUACCCGAUGAUGUACGCCUUCCAGCAAGCAAUGCCCAUGACCGGUACCAUUGUCCUGUCCGUACUCAUGAUGAUCUUGUUGAUGGCUGGUAACAUUUCCUACCAAGCGUCGACUGCAAGACAGACAUAUGCCUUCGCUCGCGACCGUGGCUUCCCUGGUUCGCGCUGGCUGGGAUAUGUCAACCCGAAGCUGAUGAUCCCAGUGAAUGCUGUGGUUCUCUCAGCAGUGUUCACCAUAAUCCUGUCAUUGAUCAACAUCGGAUCCUCGGCUGCUUUCAAUGCAAUCAUCUCGCUUGGUGCUGUAGCACAAAUGGGAACGUACGCCAUUUCUAUCACCUGUGUGCUGUACAGACGCCUGACAGCCCCGCACCUUCUCCCAAAGGCAAGGUGGAGUCUUGGCCGUUGGGGUGUGUUGGUGAAUCUUCUCGGCCUUCUCUUUGCAUGGGAGGCCUUCUUCUGGUGCUUCUGGCCUAAUGCUCAACCGGUCACUGUCGACAAUUUCAACUGGGCGCCAGUCAUGUUUGUUGCAGUUGUUGUAGGAGCCCUGAUCACCUACUUUGUCCAAGGACGCCGCGUGUACAGCGGGCCAGUAGUGAUUGUGCAAGGCCGUCAAGAGGAGUCG